UUCUAGACUCAAUUUCACAACUGGGUUGGUUUGAUGUCUUUUUUGUUAUCUGUUUUCCUUUUCUUUUUAGUUAUUUAGCACUGUACUUAUGUUGUUGAUCCUUGUUAUCAUUGAAUACUAGGUUCUUGUUCCUUGUUUUUUUAUGUUUCAUAUGUUGUUGAUGGUGAAGAAGCUGUAUUUUUAAGAAAAGACUUAAAUUAUUGUAGCUAAGGUUGCUUAAGGUGACUCUUUUCUUUUUUAAUGUAAAUAUAUUUUUUUCUUAUUGAAUUUUGAAGCUUUAAGGACUUUUGAGUAAUCAAAAUAAUUGGUAGGAAUUUGAGGGAAGAUGGGGUUUGAGAAUAAUGCAAUUAAAGCAGGGAGUUUAGAUGUUGAAAAGUCAAAGGGAGGGAAGAAGAAGAAGAAGAAGAAUAGAGAUGGUGAUGAGAGUGGAUGUUGCCUUAGAUUGAGUUUCAUUGGAAGUUGCAUACCUUCAAGAUCAAAGGUUGAUAACUCCAUAAGUGGCACCACUACUAGUGCUCAUAGUUAUAAAGCAUCUGCAUAUGAGAGAAGCAAGAGGGAAGCAAGUGCUGCACCAGAGUCCUCAACAACAACUAGUAAUGCUGGAAGUGUCCCUUCGACUCCAAAGUUCAGCGAGGAGUUGAAGGUUUCUCCUCGGUUGCGAAAAUUCACCUUCAAUGAGCUUAAGUUGGCAACUAGGAACUUCAAACCGGAGAGUCUUCUCGGCGAGGGAGGGUUCGGUUGUGUCUUCAAGGGUUGGAUUGAGGAGAAUGGAACUGCACCUGUGAGACCGGGGACCGGUCUUACUGUUGCGGUCAAGACCCUUAACCAUGAUGGACUUCAGGGUCACAAAGAGUGGCUUGCUGAAUUAAACAUUCUUGGUGAUCUUGUCCAUCCUAAUCUUGUAAAAUUGAUUGGUUUCUGCAUUGAAGAUGACCAAAGAUUAUUGGUUUAUGAGUUUAUGCCCCGAGGAAGCUUAGAGAACCACCUCUUUAGAAGGUCUAUGCCUCUUCCUUGGUCUAUCAGAAUGAAAAUUGCACUUGGUGCUGCAAAAGGUCUUGCUUUUCUCCAUGAAGAAGCUCAGAGGCCCGUAAUCUAUCGCGAUUUCAAGACAUCUAACAUACUAUUAGAUGCGGAAUACAAUGCAAAGCUCUCUGAUUUUGGACUCGCCAAAGAUGGUCCCGAAGGGGAGAAGACACACAUAUCUACAAGAGUUAUGGGAACAUAUGGCUAUGCAGCUCCUGAGUAUGUGAUGACGGGACAUUUGACGACGAAAAGUGAUGUCUAUAGUUUCGGAGUAGUGCUACUGGAAAUGCUCACCGGCCGGCGAUCUAUUGAUAAGAAUAGACCAAAUGGGGAGCACAACCUUGUGGAGUGGGCAAGACCUUUUAUCUUAGACCGAAGAAUGUUCUAUCGGAUAAUCGACCAUCGCCUUGAAGGCCACUUCUCCAUUAAAGGUGCACAAAAAGCAGUCCAGCUAGCAGCUCAGUGCCUUACCCGCGAUCCGAAAUCCAGACCUAUGAUGAGUGAAGUUGUUCAAGCUCUAAAGCCUGUACAAAACCUCAAGGACAUGGCCAUUGCGUCUCGCCACUUCCAGUUCAUUCGAGUUGAUCGAACCAUGUCUAUGCCGAAUCCUAAAAACGGCAUGCAAACACAAGUAGGAUCUUUCUCAAGGAAGGGUCAACCUGUAAGGACCUUGUCAAGUCCAAGAGGUCCUCCUGGUUCUCCAUUUCACCAUUAUAGCAAGUCUCCCAAACCUAAUGGAUGAGAAUCACAAAUCUCACACUAUCCUUAGUUUGCUUCUCUGUUCAUUCACAAAAGCUCAUGGAUCCAAGAGUAACUAAAUUAGUCCCUUGCUUUCUGUGUAUACCAACCUUCUCACUUUAGAGGAGCCGAAUCCUAAGAUAGUUUAUUCCAUUAUGGUGGGGACUUGGUUUCACAAUUUGAGGAAAAAGAACAGAAUAUACUACAACUUUUAUGUGUGGAAUUUGUUUUACCUUUUUCCACCUUGUUAUAGUUUAUUAGGAUUCCUUCCUUUCAUAAUGUAACUUUGUAAAAAAAAUGGUGGUGGUGAUAACUCAUGUUAUUCAUAGAUGUUUACAUACUCAUUGGUCAUUAUACUUUUUAGUAAAUAACUUGUUAAUGUAACUUAUGUUCCAUACUUGUACCAGAAACAUGGUAGAUUUUCACUGAAUUAGAGGUGCUGAAGAUUCCUUCUUUGUUUCAA